AUGAUAGGAAUGGAAGUACCCAAGUUUGUAAAGUGUCCUGAGUGUGAUGGAAAAUACAAUGACAAGAAGAAAAGAAGAAUCAUUGAUUCCUGUGGUCAUCCAAGAUGCUUUUCCUGUCUAGUGCUUGACAAUCAAUGUACUGUUUGUAAAAGUAAGUGAAAGGUUCUUAUGUUAUGGUCAGCUAGAAAAAUCAAUAUCAUACUAAACCAUAAGUAGUCGAGAUAUGGUCUGAAAACCCGGUAAAUUAAGUGUAUACAAUGAGUUACGAUAUUAUAAAUUGUGACGACUUGGUCUAGCGCUAGUAUGCGUUUGUCUUCAUAAUUAUUCCGCAUCGGCUCCCAAACUCAACUUACGUUUUAUUCUUAGUACUCGUGACGUCGUGUUCUUUAUUGUUGUAGAGAAAGACGGGGGAUUAUUAAAUGUAAUUGCUUUUAUUCCAUGGAUAAAGCGUUUUGCUAUAAGAAAAAGUUAUAAAUAGUUACUUUGUUCUUAAAGAUUUUAAUAUAGGGUGUCCCAAAAAAUGCACUACAAAUUCUACAUUUUGUGGUAUUACAUGCAUCUACAACGGUAGCUUUCAGAUUUUUAUGCUGGAUGAAAGAACUAUCCUGUCGUUUUAAUCCAUUGACUGAUCAAAGUAAAAAACCGUUCGGUUCAGUUCAUUAUUUUAAUAAGUCAAAUAUCAAUGGAUUGAAACAAUAGGAUAGUGUUUUUAUGCAGUACAAAUUAAGAUACAGUACAAAUUAAGAUCUGUCAAAGAAUUCUGCCAAAGCUAAUGUUGGAAUAGCAUAAAACAUAGUGGGUGAGUGACGCAUUUUUUGGGACACCCUAUAUAGCACCGAUAUGUUGUUCACAUGAAAAAGAUAGGUUUAGUGUUUGUUAUGAGGUCACCGAUUCUUGUCAGGUCUAAAUAUACAUACUGCAUGAUUUUUACUCGAAUUUUCCGCAUUCACAAAACCAUUCAACCAAAGUAUGAGAUCAUAGUUACGUCAAAGGAAGACGAAUGUCUGCAUAGAUUAUCAAUUUAACGUUUACAUUCACAGGAAAACAUGAAGAUCUGCACAUUGUCUUUUACGUUAAUUAAUACAUACUCAUGCAAGGCCUUGUUACACUAGGCAAUUUUUGCUUCAACUUGCAACGUAAUUUUUGGCGCGGAGUCAUAUUAUAUUAUAUUAUUAAUAUAAUGUAAAACGUAUUCACAGUAACAUUGAGAACUUGCUGCGCAUUUUACAUGAAUCAAAAUGAAAAAUAUCAGAAAGGUGAAAUUCGUUGCAAUGUUGUAGCAAGUUGUAACAAAAAUUGCCUCCUGCAACAUGGUUUUUAGCAAAAUUAAAAGUCUAGAUACUUACUUGAUAAGUAUGGUAUGGUAUGGUAUGGUAUGGUAUGGUAUGGUAUGGUAUGGUAUGGUAUGGUAUGGUAUGGUAUGGUAAAACUUUAUUUAAUUAAACACGCUAGCCUCGAUCAACGUGAACUGCUUUUCAUGAGGGGCGUCACACAAUAACUAUUUACAAAUUAAAGAGUAUACACAUUAAACUAUAUACAAGUUAAACUACGGUUUUUAGAAAAACAAGGAAGCAAAGGAUAAUAGAAAAGGAAUUAUAUAAAAACUUAACAAUUGGUGCGAUCCAAAGAAGGUGUUCAUGCCUGACGUAUUUUUCUUUUAAAAGAAGAAUCAAGCAUAGGUCUGUAUCGCUACUACGCAAAUCAUAAUUAGACUGACUUGUGUUUCUUUUACUUGUCAGAUACUUGUCAGAUACUUGCAAUAACCACAAAUUAUGAUAGUACUACAAAAUGCAGAAAUAUACAAUACGAAAGCAAAACAAGAAAUAAUGUAAUGGAUGAAUAGAACACCUCGAACAGACCAUUUAUAUUUUUGCACUACCAACUAUCUCAAUAAUGACUUCGUAGUCUGGCGACUCAAAACGCCUUUCACCUCUGAGAGAUCGUGGACUCGAUUCUCGCGGUGGACUCAGGACUCUUAUGUGAAGAUUUACACAACGCUCAACCGAAAAUACGGGUAGUCUUAGCCUUGUUCCACGAUCGGCCUUUUCGCUUCCGCCUUAUUAUUUUGGGUGGUACUUUGACAAGGUUAGCAGGUCGAGGGACUCUUCCGGGUGUGUUGGCAUAAUCCCAAUUAACCUUCCCAUCGCGUUUCGUGAUCAGACAUAAGUCAUACGGUACCAACCAGAACCACCCAUAGAAAGCCUUCGACUCGAUUUAGGCUGAGCUGCGUCUUUCAUUAUUCAGCUCAGCUCUCAGAUGCAAGUAAGGAUGAUUAGCACACCCUCUACAUACAUAUUAAAGCAUGUACCUGUUAGAUAAGUUUCCUGAAUUUUUCCAUACUUUUCAGCAAUUCUCAGUAGACGCAGCAGUUGGAAAAGCAGUCGUGACUCACUGUUAAGCACAGAUGACAGCCAGGAUGAAAGUAAAUCAACUCAAGGUUCAACUCCUGAAUUGUUUUCUAAAGGUACCAAACCACAACAGGAUCAAGUUAUAUAGAAUUUCAUUUUAUUGACGUCGUUCAUCCGUUUUCUCUCUAGAACAAUAUCUCAGAAGGUUGUACAGUUACGAUCCUGAAUCAUCAGGUAAUUUAUAUCGAUUGUAACUGCAGUAUGACCAGUGAUAUAGCACUUGAGCCCAGAGGCCUGGACAUUUUAGCUACAAAUCUACAACCAACACCUAACGUUCUUUAAUGUGGUAAUCCUACGAGUAGUCAUCUUGCAUGCUAAUGUAGUAAUUAACCUCGCACUUUAUAAACAGUUUGUACGAAUGAUUGUACAACCGCAUUUAACCAUAGUAGGAUCUUAUUUUUUGUCAAAAUUAUCAGUGCCAGUGGACGGAUAAUUCCUUCCAAUGGCCCCGUUGCCUUUGUUUUGAAAGCCCUACUACAUCUACUGAGGAAUUUCUUUUCUAUUUCUGCGAGAAAGUACUAUAUGGGCAUUCCAUUGCUAAAUCUGGUAAAUUUUUGAUGUACUGAAAUUCUCAAAAAAAUUCGUUUUAGAACAAGUUAUUCGGCGGGGCUCGUUUGAUCUUCAUACAAGAAAACUUCAGGAUAGACGAACCAAAUUAGGACAACAUUCAAGUUCUGCACUAGGUGAGAAGGAUAAUAAAGACGUCAAUUGUCAAUGUUGUUGCAAAGAUAGAUGGGAACCAGCCUGGUUCCAUAGCUGGUUUCCCUUGACAGCGCGGCAGGGGCUGGGCCCGCUAGUUCCCCAAAAGCCCACGUCAAGAUAUAUCGACUGCAAACCAGAAACCGUUUAUCUUCUCUGAAAGGAACCUUAACAAAACAUAAUUUACAACACUUGAAAUAUUUUAUUAUCCAUAAUUAUUCCAUACUUAUGCAUUUAUAUUUACUCCUAUUUUAGUUCUUCCAAACGAGAUUCAAAAUUCAAGUCCAACAUUAAGAAGGAUUGGAUCACCAAGACGAAAUUCUCUACAAGAAUUUCUCUUUCCCAGAAAAAUAUCAGCAGAAGACAUGCAAAUUUUCAGUUCCUUGCCCAAUGCCAAUGUGACUAGUUCAAAUCAAGGCACCAUCAAGGGUGAAAAUCAACCAAUGCAAUCAGGUGAUGACAAUAGUACCACUUCUCGAGUGAUAUCACCACGUAGUUCUGGAUAUUGGUCAGAAAUGGAAUAUUAUAGCGAUCAAGAGGGAAAUGUUUCUCAGAGUAGGAACACCGACCUGGACGACAACAACAAAAACAACAACAACGAUAACGAUAACAACAACGAUAACGACAACAACAACAGCAACGGUAACAACGAUAACAACAACAACGACGACGACGACGACGACGACGACGACGACGACGACGACGACAACAACAACAACAACAACAACAACAACAACAACAACAACAACAACAACAACAACAACAACAACAACAACAACAACAACAACAACAACGGCAAAGACAACAACGGUAACGACAACGACAGAAAGGAAAAUAGUCUACUCCAUGCAGACAUGGAAUUGGAAUCCAAGAAGAAAAUUAGGAAUCGAGUUUCUGAAACUACAAAGAGAAGCCAUUCCCACGGAGAAACUGCAUCAAUAAAAGAAAUAAACGAGGAUGUAGAUGAACGAACUAAAACAGACUUUGUGUUAUCUGGCCGAUCUUGUGCGUGGCAAAACACCAAAGCAUUGUUUCCUGCAGAAUCUUCACGUUGGGUUGCACAAGGUGAGAUACGACGAAACUCAGAACCGGAUUGGAGAAAAUAUUUUGAUAGCCAUAGCAACAUUAGACAUUCAAGCUUAAAAGUGACAAAUCUUUAG